CGGAGCUGGUGGGAGGACGGACAGCACCCAGGACAUCAGGACAGAGAGGGAUUUGUCAUGGACAACACUCUGGAAACCAGCCAGCAAAAGGAGAAGCUUCUGAAAACCAUCUAUACCCUGCAGCUAAAGUCAAACACAACACUGCAGGCAGCCAGCCCACUGCUGAGCAACCAGAUUGGCAUGGGCAUGGUGACACAGCACCACAUCCACCAGCUGGUGGAUAAGGCCAAAAGCCUAUGUGGAGAUCUGGACAACAUUAAGAACCUCCUCCACUAUUGCCAGGAUAACCUGGUUCGGAAGAUCCCCAACCCAACUGGCAGUCGCUAUGGGGGAGUAUGUGGAAUCCACUGCUCCUUGGAUGGCUCCAUCUACGUGACAGCUGAGAGUGCUCCCUGGGUCCAUGUCCUCAGCAGCACAGGCCAAACACUUCAGUCCCUGCCUUGCCAACAAAUGGGGAAGGAAAGUGGCACUUUCUUGCCAGAAGAUGUGACUGUGACUCGCACAGGAAGGGUGGCUGUGGCUGACAUGAUGAAUGGAGCCAUCUGGGUCUUCAACCCUCACACCAGCCGCUCCAAGGGGGAAUGGAUAAAGAUCAGAAAGGUUGGCUCCCCCAGGGGUAUUGCAGUAGACUCCAUGAGCAGGAUCUUGGUAGCAGACUAUGCACAAGGCCAAGUCCACAGCUUUGCUCUGGACCAUGCCUUCAAGACACUCAACGUCCACUUGGUGUCCAAUCUGCAAGGACCUCGCUACAUCAGUCCAGCACCCAGUGGAGGAUUUGUGGUCAGUGAGGAGUGUGGAGAUGUCAAGGUCUUCACCAGCAGCUGCAAGCUCCUCUUCUCCCUCAGCAGCAAAUACGGACACCGGUUUGGUAACCCAGCCGGGGUUUGCAUUGAUGUGGCUGGCAGCAUCCUAGUGGCAGAUGAGCAGCUCCGGACAGUCCACUUGUUCCCAGAACACGGAGCUCCUGUCUGCCUGGUGUCCACAAGGCUGCGGAGGCCAGCUGGUGUUGCUUGCUCUUCCUCUGGUCACCUCCUCGUGGCAGACGCAGGGGAGAACUGUGUCAAAGUCUUUAAGUACUGCGUGAGGCCCCUGUACAGGCCCACCAACCCUGGGGCAGCAUGUGGUGACCCCAUCCUAACACUCAGGUGCUGAGCUUUAGAUCUGCUGUUGGGCAGUGAGUGAGCGGGUCCACUGCUCCCACAGCUGGGCAUUAUCCCCGUUCUUACAGAAUCAUAGAAUGGUUUGGGUUGGAAGGGACCUUCAAAGCUCAUCUAAUCCAACCCCCUGCAAUAAGUAAGGACAUCUCAACCAGACCUGGUUGCCCAGAGUCACAUCCAGCCUGGCCUUCAAUGUCUCCAGGGAUAGUGCAUCUACUUGACUGCCUUAUCGCCCUCCAGCUUCUCCAGAUGGCAGAAGCAAGGACUAGACCGGCUGAGUUUC